AUUUUCUUAUAGUUAGGCUAAUUAAUCAUAUACCCUUUGAUUCUCUAAUUUCUAGCCUGAUGCAUCUUAAAUUUUAUUUCCAACCAAGCCAAACGUGAAGAGGCUGCUGUGUUUAUUACAACAUGCUUAACUAAACCUGUGUCUUCACAGAAGGAGGAACAAAAAUGGCGGGUCAAUUGAAGAAAAACCCUAAAAAACAGUCUCAGUUAAACCCUAAUUGGGCUCAGCUCCAACAACUACUCAAGAGUAAUGCCUUCCAAAACCCUUCACAAACAGAAAACCCUAAUUCCAUAUUAGGAAAGCGGAAAAGCAGGUCCGAUGAUGACUCUGGUGAUGCUCGGCCUAAUCCUCUUAUUCCAACUUCAUCAGAUUCAAGUGUUACAGAUGAGAUAGCGAUGGAUUGUGAAAUGGUUGGUGUAAGCUCUAACAAAAGUGCGCUUGGGCGAGUCACACUGGUCAACAAAUGGGGAAAUGUGAUAUAUGACGAAUAUGUUCGUCCAGUUGAACGCGUUGUUGACUUCCGCACCAAAAUCAGUGGUAUUAGACCUCAGCACUUAAAGAAAGCGAAAGAUUUCCGUGUCGUUCAGAAGGAGGUGGCAGAACUAAUAAAGGGAAAGAUUCUUGUCGGCCAUGCUCUGCGAAAUGAUUUUAAGGCCUUGUUAUUAGGCCAUCAAAAGCAGGAUAUUCGUGACACUUCUGAAUAUCAACAUUUUCUAAGGGAAGGACGCAGUCGCGCACUUCGGAACCUUGCCACCGAAGUCCUUGGAGUGGAGAUUCAAAAUGGAGAGCACUGUCCUAUAGAAGAUGCCCGAGCUGCUAUGAUGCUUUACCUAAAGCACAGAAAAGUAUGGGAAAAGAGCAUCAAGGACUUUGCAAGACUCAAGGAGAAACAGAAAAAGCGUAAACCAAAGAAAAAAAACAGGAGUUUGAGAAGACCCGCAUCUAUUAAUGCUGAAAACACUUCCUAAUUAGAGAUGAUCACUAAAAUUAUCUCAUUGCUCUUUUACAUGCAUCAAAUUAUUGAUUGGGGUGGAGCAGAGAGAGAGAGAGAGAGAGAGAGCUGACUAACAUGGUAAAUGAUAGUUGUGGAUGUGAAAUGCUCAAAGGAAGAAUUAUAAUUAGACCCUGUCUCUCACUAUUAUGGUCUGCCAGAACUAUGUGCUCGCCAGACAUUAUUAUUCAGUUUCAAGAUUCAUGACAUGGAUCCACCCAAGACUGGUUCUUCUAGUGAAAAGAGGAAAAUAUCAUUUCUUUCGUGCUUUUUCACUGCAAAACUACCAGUCUUUUGUAUUUGAUUCAUAUAGCCUAAGCUUUCCUGUUUCUCAUGUGGAAUUGAACAUAUGUGCCAUCUUUUACUUUUAGAAAGGAAAUGGAACUUCAUCAGAAGUAAAAAGCUGCUUGCAAGGGCAAUUAGGAAAGAGUUACUAAGUUUUGUUGACAAUUUUGUGUAAUUGCUCACAACAUUCUCAGAGGGGCUUUUAUUUGAUUCUGAUUCAAGUUUUUGCAGAACAGCUUGUAUCAUAUAAAACAAAUUUUGGACUAUGGAGUUUUAAUGUGAUGGUAGUUGAAAAGUGGUAAUAGUCUACUUAAAGAAA